CAACUCACGCCCUGACCGUACUAAAACAAAGACAUAACAAAGGAACUAAGGUCAGAACGUGACACUCUCUCCAUUCAGUUCCCCUCUAGACCAAUCAUAUGCUUCAAUGUGCUGCGGUUCACAGUGCUGUGGCAAGGUACAGUUUAGAUCUCCAGGGACCGGUAGAAACGGUUGGAGACGGUGGGGGCAAGAUACAUUUGACAAACUCACUUGUUGUGCAAUUAAACUGAACGUCUUCACUUCAGAUCCACAUGUUAGCAACUCGUACAAACUUAUGUAAACCUCACACAUCUGUACACACACUGCACAAGAUACAGUACAUUCUUAAUAAAGACAUCCUCCAACAAUUUCAGAGUUGAAAAUUGAAAUCCCAAGUAUAAGUACAGUAAAGUCCACACACUAAAGAGGGAAGAACUUCAAGGAGUUGGACUGAUGGGAAGUUGUGAUGUCAUCAGCCUCCCCCCCGAGCUUGAGGAACAAUAGAGGAGCAUUAGAGAAUAAAAGAGGAAAGGCCCAACCCCCCACUUGUGUUAUGUCAUAACUUACCUUGAUCUAUUAUUGAGAUGUACCUUUUGUUAAGUAAAUCAGGUGUUAAAUAAGGUGAAAAGUAGACUGGAGUGCCACUUUUUAAAGCGACAACAUUCAAUAGUCCACUGAGCAUCGGGCUUGUAGAGAUAAGUGACUUUGCAUUGGGCUGAUUACUGCACCUUGUCAUCAAUGACCUCAAAUACUGAUCUGCACCAUUGUGCAUUUGCACUAUGCACACCUCAACAUAACACUGUAUAUGCACUGCUGAUAUUUGCCACGGCAACAACACUCCCUCUGCUUGUACAGUCUCUUCCUCAUUCCAUUCUCAGUGCAUAUCGGUUUGAAUUCCCUCCUCCACUUGUUUGACCUAUACUUGUUUGACUCGUUCAACAACUUUAAAGAACCUUACCUUAUUUUGCUUAGCGAAAGGAAAAGUCUGUCAGACUCACUUGAGAUAUAGAAACCUGCUAAGUGAAGGCUAUUGGAAAAUAGUGAACACUCAAAUGGCCAAACUGUCUGUCUUGUUUUUUAUUUUGUUUUAUACCAUUGGCAAUGCAGGUUCAGGAUCACAUUCUCUGUGGGCACUUGCAACAUAUAUCAACGGAGAGACACCUUUCCCUGAGUUUACGGUUGUGGUGAUGUUGGAUGAUGUUCAAGUGGCUUACUAUGACUCCAACAUGAAACACUUCAUCUACAGGGUAAAUAACACCCCUAACAAAAUGCAUGAUGACGAAGCUCAGGAUGGAGCUUAUGUAUUCGGAAUUAUAUACCAGAGCAUGAAAGAGAGAUACUUUCACCUAAAGCACCACUUGAAUCUCACCGAAGGUGUUCAAGUUCAGCAAAGAAUGUCUGGAUGUGAGAUGUUGGACAAUGGUGAACCAGCACUGAUCAUGUUUAAGGAGACUUUUAAUGGCAUUUUUGUAGAUCAUGCGAUAUAUAACAGCAUGACACAUUUUACAUACGAUUCUGGGACACUACUUGUAGGAUAUUAUGGGAUAAGGCAAGCAUAUGAAAAAGCACUAUUUGAGAACGUUUUACUUCCCAUUUGCAUCAAAUCACUGAAGAGAUUCCUGAAGAGAGAGAAGAAUGUUGUGAUGCGUAAAGUUCCUCCCAGACUCAGGUUGAUAAAGAAAGAGGUUUCUGGAGGGUUCCAGGUGAGCUGUCUGGCUUUUGGUUUCUACCCCCGCCAUAUCAACAUGACCCUGCUGAGAGACGGCCAGCCAGUGGCAGAACAGGAUCUGACAGGGGGGGAGGUGCUGCCUAGUGGAGAUGGGACCUACCAGCUGAGGAAGAGUCUGGAGGUCAGUACUGAGGAGCUAAAGAAGAGACAUAACUACACCUGUACUGCCUCUCACCUCAGUCUGGACAACAAGCUUGAUGUCAGUUGGGAGUCUGGUGCAGAGAGAGUUCACCUAUCCACCCUCUCAGUUCUACUGGUUAUGCUGCUGAUUGUUAUUCUAUUGGGCAUGUUCAUUUGUGUUAUGAGGUGGAGAUGCACUGCCUCCCAUCUGGAACUCUCACUGCAAAAGCGUGAGAGGAAAUGAACCUUUCUUCAGAAUCCCGAGACCUAAUAAAAUGUUGGGACACUGAUGUAGCUUUGUCAGUUCAGCUCAAUUCACAAUGAAAAUAUGACUGCCUGCCAGAGCACCUAUGAAGGCAAGUGUGAAUUAUUCUGCUAUUGUCAGUCAGUCUUCCCUUCCCCUCAACAAAGGACUGUAAAGGAUCAGUUUGGGGAGACUGUUGACAAAAACAAAUAUCAGGGCAUGAAGGUAAUAUGGUAGUUAAUUCAUUAUGUAAUUUGUCAUUUCUAAUCAUGACUAUUCAUUAAUUUCACAAUGCACUCUAUAUAAGUUCUGUAUUAGCUGAUAUCCAGUAUCUUAACCAGAAGGAGAUCAUGUAAUCAUGUGUAUGAGGUCUGUUUAUUAUUGGAAAGACUUUACAGAGUCUCUGUGUUGUAUGUAGUGUAUGUAACCCCCAGGCUGUACAGUAAUACCUUUAUUACAGACAAUAACAAUGACUAUGUCAUUCAUUCAUGUUAAUUAUAUACCUUAACUUCUCUCAGGAACUUGUUUAUCACUCUGGAAGGAAGAAAUCUGACCCUCUAUUUCACUCCAGUUUAAGACUGUCAUGAGGAUUAAUCUAAGGUGAAUGUUGUAUGCAUCAUAAACAAUGAAACUGUUUUAUGUUAGGGAGAGGUUACACCUAUCCACCCUCUCAGAUUCUUCAGACCAGAGUCUUCAGAUUCUCAGACCAAUAAAAUGACUGCCCACACUAUUAUUAUUAUUAUUAUUGUUAUUGCAGUAUUACAGAUGAAGGAUCUUAAUUUGAGCCAGUUUGCUACAGCAGGAAAACAAUGCUGCAGCAACAGCAAAUGAUAAUUAUUAUGUGGAUUACUUUUGAAGGGGUUGAUACAGUUUUCGUCAAGGAAGUCUGAAAUUUCAAAGCGGAAAAUACAACUUUCAGAAUUCUUUUUAACCUCAAACCUUCACCUGAAACAGGGUGAUCAAAUGAAGAUCCUACAUCUGUAUUGCUGACACAAAAUGUGCAAAAGAUUUUGUUAUUGUCAGUCGAUUUCCCUGCCCCUCAACAAAUUACUAUAAAGGUUCAAUUUGUGGAGACUGUUGACAACUAUAAAUAUCUGGGCAUUUGUCCAAAUCUGCAUUUAUAUAAAUUCAGCAAAAAAA